AUGCAACCAGAUGGAAUUCUUUUCCAGGAUGAGGCGGAAAACGAUGAAGACUUCGAGCCAAGUGCUGGGAAGAAAAAGCGUCGCGGCAAGAAACGGAAAGCUAAGAGAGACGAUGAUCGGCGAAGCAAGCGAAAGCGGAAACGGAAGAAGAUGGCCGACAGUGACGAGGAGAGCGAAGGAGUUGCGGAGGAAGAGCCUGCAAAAGAAAGCGACUACAUGCCGGCGUCCAGCUCCAGCAGGAGUAGUCGCCGAAAGGGUGGCGAUUCCGCAGCUACAUCAUCGCGAUCGUCGGUAGCUGAGGAUUCGCCGACGCCAGCAAAGAGCGCUGCGUCCUCUACGCCUGCUACUCCGGCGCCUUCGUCUACACAGACGAGUGAUUCUAGCGUGUCUACACCGUCCGUGAAGCAGGUUUGCGAAAGCUUUGAGAUGAACGACGUGGACAUGCAGUUCACCGAGAAGGACUACAAGACGCUUACCAGCUAUAAGCUGUUCCAGCAGAAGGUCCGUCCGUUCUUGAUGAAAGAAAAUCCAAAGAUCCCAAUCACGAAGCUGAUGAUGUUGGUAGCUGCCAAGUGGCGGGAAUUUCAAGCACAAGCGCCUCCGUCUACGGAGCAGGUGGCGGCCGCAGAAGUGGAAGCGCAAACAGCCGACGCGCCGCCUCCACCACCACCGCCCAAACCGUCGAAGCGAUCCACUGCGGCAGCCAAGGAAUAUAAAGAUCCUGACUCGGACGACGAUGGCGGCGGCGGAGGAGGGGGGUCGUCGGCGAAACGAGGCAGUGCGAGACGAUCUGCUCGCGGGAAUACUGGCAAGAAAUCAGGAGGUAAAGUGCCUACUUUGAAGAUCAAGAUUGGAAGUCGGAAGAAGAAGGGUUCAUCGGACGAUGAAGAGGGAGUCGACAAGGACUCAGACGCGGAGUUUGAGCAAAUGUUGGCGGAAGCUGAAGAGGUGUCCAAAGACGAUGUCAGUGCUAGUUCUCCUGCGCCAGUGAAAAAAGCCAAAGUCAAAAUCGGUGGCAAAAAGAAGUCUAAGAAGAAAAAGGUCAAAACCAGCAGGAUCGACGAAGACGGGAAUGAAAUUACAAAUCAUCAGGAUUAUUGCGAAGUAUGCCAGCAAGGUGGGGAGAUCAUCCUCUGCGAUACAUGUCCGAAAGCGUAUCACUUGGUUUGUUUGGACCCGGAGAUGGACGAGGCCCCCGAGGGCAAGUGGAGUUGUCCGCACUGUGAAAAGGAAGGUCCACCGGAAGCGUCUUCAGAAGAAGAUGAGCAUAACGAGUUUUGCAGGGUGUGCAAAGAUGGUGGAGAAUUGCUGUGUUGCGACUCGUGUCCGUCAGCUUACCACACGUUCUGUUUGAAUCCCCCGCUGGAUGAUGUUCCGGAUGGGGAUUGGCGCUGUCCACGUUGUUCCUGUGACCAUCUACCGUACAAGGUGCAGAAAAUUCUAACGUGGCGCUGGGCAGAAAAAGCAGGUGACGAUGCCGACAAAGCCGCUGCGGGAAAGAAGAAGAAGGGCAAGUCUCAGAAGCCCCCGCGUGAAUUCUUUGUCAAGUGGCUUGACCGUUCCUAUUGGGAGUGCGAAUGGGUCAGCGAAGUUCAGCUGGACGUGUUUCAUCCUCAAAUGUAUCGCAUGUUUCUGCGGAAAUACGAUACGGAAGAGCCUCCAAAUUUCGAUUUGGAAGAAGAUGGUGAGGAAGAAGACAUUGAAGCGAAAAAGGGCGAGAUGUAUGAAAGGUUUUAUCGGCACGGGAUCCGGCCGAACUGGUUGAUCGUCAACCGAAUCGUGGCCCACCGGCAAACCAGAAACGGACUAGAAUUCCUCGUGAAAUUCAGAGAUUUGCCUUACGAUCAAGCAUGUUGGAUUCAGGAGGAUGCAGAUUUCUUGCCAGAUCUCAAGAAAGCCGUCGAUGAUUAUUUUGAUCUGAGAUCAAUUUUCUCUAACGACGGCCAGUUACAAAGCAAGAAGAACAAAAAGAAGAAGAAAUCCAAAUCCAAGGCUGACGACGACGACAGUCCUCCUAAGCCGCAAACUUCUGGUCGAUACACCAUGCCGCCGGAAAGACCUGUCACUGAUCUCAGGAAGCACAUGGAACAACAGCCUGACUAUUUGGAUAUUACAGGAAUGAAAUUGCAUCCUUAUCAAAUGGAAGGUCUGAAUUGGUUGCGGCACUCGUGGAGUCAAAAGAUUGACACCAUUCUUGCUGACGAAAUGGGCUUGGGGAAGACGAUCCAAACCAUCACGUUCUUGUAUUCCUUGUACAAAGAAGGACAUUCGAAAGGCCCGUUCUUGGUGAGUGUGCCGUUGUCCACGAUCAUCAAUUGGGAAAGAGAAUUCGAAACUUGGGCCCCGGAAUUCUACGUGGUGACGUACGUCGGAGACAAGGACUGUCGAACAGUUAUCCGUGAAACCGAGCUGUCAUUCGACGAAGGAGCUGUUCGGAGUGGCGCGAAAGCCUAUCGCAUGAAAUCGACGUCGAACCUCAAGUUCCACGUGUUACUUACAUCUUACGAACUCAUUUCGAUUGAUCAGCCGUGUUUGUCCAGCAUUGACUGGGCUGUGCUUGUCGUUGACGAAGCUCAUCGUUUGAAGAACAACCAGUCCAAGUUCUUCCGAAUCCUGGCCUCGUAUCCUAUUGACUACAAGCUUCUUUUGACCGGGACGCCUUUGCAGAAUAACCUCGAGGAGUUGUUCCACUUGCUGCACUUCUUGGUGCCGGAUAAAUUCACGGAAUUGUCCCUGUUCCAAAAUGAAUUUGCCGACGUUUCGAAGGAGGAGCAGGUGAAAAAACUUCACGACAUGUUGGGACCGCAUAUGUUGCGUCGUCUGAAAGCGGACGUACUCAAGGGAAUGCCAUCCAAGUCUGAGUUCAUCGUGAGAGUCGAGCUUUCACCGAUGCAGAAGAAAUAUUACAAGUACAUCCUGACACGAAACUUCGAAGCACUUAAUGCGAAAGGCACUGGCCAAUCGGUUUCGUUGCUCAACAUCAUGAUGGACUUGAAGAAGUGCUGCAAUCAUCCGUUUUUGUUCCCGGCUGCGGCUGCUGAGGCUGGACGGAUGCCGAAUGGAGCUUUCGAAGGCAGUGGGCUUGUGAAAUCCUGUGGAAAGUUCGUGCUUUUACAGAAAAUGUUGCGGCAACUGAAAGAUGGUGGCCACAGGGUGCUGAUAUUUUCACAAAUGACAAAAAUGUUGGAUCUUCUGGAAGACUUCAUGGAGGCAGAAGGUUACAGAUACGAACGCAUUGACGGUAGCAUCACUGGGUCAGUUCGACAAGAAGCAAUCGAUCGAUUCAAUGCCCCAAAUGCUCCGCAGUUCGCUUUUCUCUUAUCUACUCGAGCUGGUGGUUUGGGUAUCAAUUUGGCAACAGCCGAUACUGUCAUCAUUUACGAUUCGGAUUGGAAUCCGCACAACGACAUCCAGGCAUUUUCGCGUGCCCAUCGUAUCGGUCAAGCGAACAAGGUGAUGAUAUACCGGUUUGUGACGCGUAAUUCGGUUGAGGAGCGUGUCACACAAGUUGCGAAGCGGAAAAUGAUGUUGACGCAUCUGGUGGUUCGACCUGGAGUUGGCGGUCGGUCUGGAGGCUUCUCGAAGCAAGAACUUGAUGAUAUUCUUCGCUUUGGUACCGAAGACUUGUUCAAAGAAGACGAGGGGAAAGAUGAAACAGAAAUUCACUAUGAUGACAAGGCCGUUGCUGAUUUGCUGGACAGAUCCAAGCAAGGUAUCGAACAAAAGGAGAACUGGGCUAACGAGUACCUGACGUCUUUCAAAAUUGCUACUUACGGGGUCAAGGAAGGCGAAGAUGAAGAGGAUCGUUCAGUUGGAGAUAAUACUUGGCAAGACAACAACUCCGAGUACAAUUCUGACUUUUCGAUGCCGUCUGACGACGACCGGGAAGACGACGAUUUUGAUGAGAAGAGCGUCGAUGUAGAAGCGAGACGAAGUAAGCGGAGGGAGCAUCCGAGAGGAGAGAAGGAUCGUCCUUUGCCACCCUUGUUGGCCAGAGUGGGUGGAAACAUUGAGGUUCUGGGCUUCAAUGCGAGACAAAGGAAAGCUUUUGUGAACGCCAUUAUGCGCUUCGGAAUGCCGCCACAGGACUCGUACAAUUCGCAGUGGCUGGUACGUGAUCUUCGAGGAAAGACGGAGAAGAAUUUCCGUGCAUAUGUAUCGUUAUUCAUGCGCCAUUUGUGUGAGCCCGGUGCGGAUCAUUCGGACACGUAUGCAGAUGGCGUGCCACGCGAGGGCCUGUCUCGCCAGCAUGUAUUGACUCGUAUUGGCGUCAUGGCGUUGAUCCGCAAGAAGGUGUACGAAUUCGAGCCGAUAAAUGGGACGCACAGUAUGCCAGAAUUGCUGGACAAGCUGGCCCUGCAGCCACCGGCUUACUCUGUCCCUCAAGCAGGCAGCGACGCUGGUUCGAAGAGCGAUUCCGCGAAUGCAACCCCUUCUCAAUCUGCUCAACCGAGUCCCGCCCCUGAAAGACCCGCUGAAGAAGAUGGCGAACAGGCAGCAUCGGCAGCAGAGAAAAAGAAGGAGGAUGAGGAAAAGAAGGAUUCGAGCGAGGAAAAUAGCUCAGAGAAAGUCGAUAAAGACACUCCCAUGGCUGCCGAAGAAAAACAAUCAGAACCUGCGGAAUCUGAAGGAACUGUGACACCAAAAGCAGAAGCCGAAGAGGAGAAAGCGCCUUCAGAAUCUGCUACAGCGGCUGCGCCGGAGGCGAAGGAAGAAGUCAAGGAGGCGGGUGAAACUGCCGGAGCCGCAGUUGAAGCUUCGAAGGAAUCCGAAACCCCGAAAGAAAAAGUCGCAGAGACUGAGCAAAAGGACGGCAAGGAAACGACAGAGAAGGAAGGUGAAGAAAGCGCUACAGCGGAGAAGACGAAGGAGGAAUCGAAGGAAAGUGCGGAGGCUGAGAAGAAGGAGCCCGUGCCACCGCCCAAGUUCAUGUUCAAUAUUGCCGACGGCGGCUUCACCGAAUUGUACACGCUUUGGCAGAACGAGGAAAAGGCGGCUGUUCCCGGCCGAGAGUAUGAGAUCUGGCACCGAAGGCACGAUUAUUGGCUGUUGGCUGGAAUAGUGACGCACGGCUACGGCAGAUGGGGGGACAUCCAGAAUGAUCCCCGAUUCGCAAUUAUUAAUGAGCCAUUCAAGAUGGAUGUUGGUAAGGGCAACUUCCUCGAGAUCAAGAAUAAGUUCCUGUCUCGGAGGUUCAAGUUGCUGGAACAAGCGUUGGUGAUCGAGGAGCAGCUUCGACGAGCUGCCUACUUGAACUUGGUGCAGGACCCUGCACACCCAGCGAUGAGUCUCAAUGCCCGCUUUGCUGAAGUGGAGUGCUUGGCUGAGUCGCAUCAGCACCUUUCCAAGGAGUCUUUGGCCGGCAACAAACCUGCCAAUGCUGUUCUUCACAAGGUGCUGAACCAGUUGGAAGAGCUGUUGUCGGACAUGAAAGCCGACGUGAGCAGACUGCCAGCAACCCUGGCCCGCGUGCCGCCAGUGGCCCAGCGUCUGCAGAUGUCGGAAAGGUCAAUUCUGUCGCGACUGGCGACGACCACCCCGCAGCAGCAAGUGCAGCAGCCGGUGGCGGAGGCGCAGCCGUUGCCGAGCAUGCCAAAGUUUCCACAGGGCUUCACCCCGCAGGGCGUCUUGAGUGGUUUCGCCGGAGCCAACUUUGCCCAGUUCCGGCCCGAGUUUGCCGUUCCGGGCCAGCAGCAGUUGGCUGCAGCCGUGCAGCAGGCUGCAGCGUCCUUCAACGCGUUCAACGCCGCCGCUGCUGCGGCCGCCGCUUCUCGGGGAAGCGGGGCCCCGGGCGUGGCGUUCCCCGGGAAAUUGUAGGACGGAAUUAAUUGAUUGCGAGGCGAUGGAUGGCUUUGUGGAAUGACUGUGGAAUCGUUGAAUUGAUUUUUCCCCCUCCCGACUUGCAGCCGUUUUUUUUUCUUUGCAAUUACCGUGACGCGGAAAACAAAAAUCGUGGCCAUUAGGACGCGACUCUCGUGGCUCAAAGCGGAUCGACUACGGUGUUAUUUAUUUUUAAAAGCUUGCUUUUGUUGAAAAGCGAAGGAUCCGUUUCUGGAGGGAUUUCUCCUAUUCUGUGACCCUUGUUUUGUCCAACUGAGGAAAGAAGGUUAGCAGUGAAAUGGAAUGGUCUCGUCUGUCACGGAAGUUGUCGAGUAAUAGACGAAAUCUCAGAUAGUGUUAAUUGUUCAAUACAUUCAGUCCGCAUUCCCACUACGAUAGUACGAUGUAAAUGAUGGAUUUCAUUGUUGGGUGGUUGGUGUUCUUUGACUGAUGCGCUCAUGACGGAGGGUGGUUGAAUUGUUCGGGUUUGUUUGUGUCAGUGUGACUGUGUCUUAUUUGAACAUAAUGGUUGUGACUGACGUGUGGAAGAGGCUAAAUACAUUUUUUGAACGCCGUUUUCUUCUUGGAAGAA